AUGUCAACCGUACAAUCUACCCUCCAAUCCCCCUCCCCGCCAUCAACCUCCACUACGCCAGGACACCCCCACACCUACAACCUCAUGGAAAACUACAUCCCCUGCAUUCACCCGCUCUGCUCCGAACACUACCUCCUCUCCUCUCUAUCCCCCACCUUCUACACAACUCAAAAACCUUACGGACUGCGCCACAAACGCGGUCUCUGUCCGUCACACGCCUACAAGGAUUUAAAAGCUGCCAACGACGCCUGUCGCCGCGAAUGGGAAUCCAUGAGACAGAACGCGGGGCGGAAGAACCUGUCCGUCAUCGCCAGCGAACACGAAGCCUGGAUCUGCGCGCUUGACGUUCAGCGAUCGGGUGAAGCUGCAGAGCUCGAGGAUCGACAGAAACAGCGUGUGCUGGGGUGGGAGGAUCCAACGUCACCGAUUUUGUCCGUGUCAGUGGCACCGCUGGUGGCGCUGAAGACAGGGGGAAGUGAGAAGAGUAAGCCAGUAUUAGAACAGUGGGAUUGGCGAUAUAUGCCUAGGCCGUGUACCCGCAAGGGUUGUAAACGGAAUUGGUAUUCGCCGUUUUCGGCGACCUUGUAUCAAUGGUAUCUGCAAGAAUGCAAAUUCGGGCUUACAAUGCUGGAGACUUUAUGUCCUGAAUGCACUCGCGCGGACAUCGAGGCCUUAGUAGAGAACAUCGAGAAGAAGAAAGCGAUAAAGGAAGAGGAAUGGGAAAUUUGGCUUGAGAAGGUUCGAAAGGAUCGGGAGGUAGAGCGGGCAUUUUGGGAGCAGGCGCAAAGCAGAGUGGUGAAGGAACGGGGCAUGAGGUUUAAAGUUGUUGAAGAGAAGAAGGAACUGGAGUUGGAGGGUAAGGGAUUUGAGAUGCUCAAGGAGUUGUGCGUUGUAAUGUGA